CAGACCAAUCAGAAAACCCGAAACCGCGUCAUAUCCAAGGAAUGAAAUUACACAAAAGCCAAAACAAAAACAAAAAAUAACAAAACUUUCAUGGUCACUCAACCUUGUAAAAACCCGAAAGAAACUAACUUUUAUUCCCUCCUCACACAGACAGUCACAAAGCCCACAAGACAAAAACACAAUGUCUUCUCCUUCAAUGGCAAAACUGAAGGUAGCAGGAACAUGGGCUGGAGUUUUAGAGGUAGAACCAGAGAAUUGGACAGUGCUCAUGUUGAGAGAGGAGAUUGCAAAGAGAUCAAACAUGGGCACUGAGUCGAUCAAUCUAAUUUUUGCUGGCAAAGUCUUGAAAGACUGUACCAGUGAGGAAAAAAACAGUCUUUCUCAAUUGGGUAUUAAAAAUAACUCUAAAAUUCUUGCUUGUCGUGUCUCUGUGGAAGAGGGUAAAACUUUAAAGAAUGAGUUGUUGGCUGAUGAUGAAAGAAACCGUAGACUUGCUCGUAUCAAGGCAGCAGUCACUGCAUUGUCCAAGAGACAUGCAGAUGGUGCAUUACCAAUAGAAGACUUCGAUAUCGAACUCGAAGAUCAGAGUGGGAAGAAAGUGCACUUUUCUGAGACCGAUAGACAGGCAAUAAUGACAGGUCUGAUGCUUCAUACAAGCGGAAAGCGGUUUAUCAGAAAGCAAAUGUUUAGUGAUGCACUUGAAGUUCUUACUAUGGGAGAGGAGGCUUUCUCUCUAUGCAAUCCCAAGUCUAUUGAACUUGUCGACAAUAUCCCAAUACUGCAAAUAGACAUGGUGUGGUGUUACUUCAUGCUCCAAGAUAUUGCCUGGCUCUCAGUGGCAGGAUUACGCCUCGAAAAGGCUAGAGAAGGACUUGAACGUGCUCACGGAAAGGACUCCUCCCGAUUCAGACUGCUUCAAGCUGGUUGUUCUUCAGAGCUCGCAUUAUAUUUGCGAUUGGAAUUGUUGGAAGGAGUGGUGGCAUAUCACAGUGGCCAAUUUGACAAGUCUAGGAAGUUCUUGACCUCUGCACAAGCAAAAUUCUUCCAGCUACAAGUGCCAGAUGAAGCCUUAUCAGUUGUCAUGAGCAUUGGAUUUGGGGAACAAGAUGCAAAAAGAGCAUUGAGAAUGAGCAAUCAGGAUGUUCAAAGUGCCGUUAAUUUUCUUGUACUGGAAAGGGAAAAGAGAGAACAGAAACGGGAAGAUGACAUUCGUCGAAGAAAUGAAAUCAAGCAACAGAAACGGUAUGGAGUUACACCCUUAAAGAAAGCUGUGGAUCUCCAGAAACUGACAGAGUUGGUCUCCAUAGGAUUUGAGAAGGAGCUUGCUGCUGAAGCUCUUCGAAAAAAUGAGAAUGGUUCUCAGGAGGCAUUGGAUGACUUGACAAACCCAGAAGCUAAUACUGAACUCCAGCGUGCUAUAGAAUCAAGAAAAAGGAAAAGACAGCAACGAGCCACUGAUGCCACAGUUGAACAGCUUGUGUCCAUGGGCUUUGAAAGAUCUAGAGUGAUUGGUGCUGUCCAAGCUGGUGGCUCUUUAGAGGAAGUCAUGCAUCAACUACUCACACAUCCCCAAGCAGACACCACAGCUGCGGCUGAUGACAGCUCCAAUGCUCAUGAUUCCUCUGGGAACAAUAAUGCAAGUACUGACUUAAAUGCUAACGAUAAUGCUUGUGCUCCUGAUUCAACUCCUACCAACCCUGCUGUGGAGAAUCUUAGUCCAGAUACUUUGGGCAUUGAUAAUAGUAAUGAAGGUCCUUCAGCCGAACAGCGGGACUUGGAGAUGGAGGAUGAAAUUGCUGAUGAACUCACAAGAGGCGAUGCAUUGUCAGAUUAUAACAUUGAUGUGACACAGGAAGGCGAUGCCAUAAAUGAGUACCUCGCUUUGCUGGAUUCAGGGGGUGGCAAUGGAAAAGCUUCGUCUUCCCAGUUGUCCCACUAAGAGGAAAGCUGACUGGAACAAUGACACGAAGCAUAUCUGUGAAUAUAAUGUGAAUGAUGUUAAUUGCAAUUAUAAUGAUAGGAUGGGGAGCCUUUAGGAGUUAGGGGUUGAACUAGCAUAAGUUGCAUCGUUGUACUGACCAGCAUUACAGAAAGCAAACGUAAUUGCAGUAGAUUGUGCAGCAUCCAUCUUGAGAGUUGUGGUGCAGGCAUCUAUCCUUUUCAUUUUGAAUUUUUUUUAUCCUACCUCGUGGUUCAAAUGAAUGCAUUUUGGAGAUGGAUGCCACACAGGCACAAGAAGUCUUCUUGUUUUA